UACAACAAGUUCAAGUGCAGGAUCCUAAAUGAGAAGGUUACCACCCCAACAACUACAGUUUACAGGUGUGGACCUUUGAUUGAUCUGUGCAGAGGGCCUCAUGUAAGACAUACAGGAAAGAUCAAGGCCUUGAAGAUCCACAAGAAUUCUUCUACAUAUUGGGAGGGAAAAGCUGACAUGGAGAGCCUCCAAAGGAUCUAUGGCAUCUCUUUCCCUGAUCCUAAGAUGCUGAAAGAAUGGGAGAAAUUCCAAGAAGAAGCCAAGAACAGAGAUCAUCGCAAACUAGGAAGGGUAUGUGCAGAUGUGUGAAAAGUUACAUGCAUACGUGAUCAAAGCCCACCACUCAUCUGAAAUAGGUUAUGGAUUUCUACUAUAAACCAUGUUACCGUAAAUGCAGGUACUGUUUACAGAUAAGCCAGAAAUGUACAUUCAUGCAAUGGCCCCCAAGAAUACGCAAAAUGCGCGUCAGUGGUAAUCCUUGUCUAUGGAUUAUGUAAAUCAUACCUUAUUUAAAUACUUUGAUGACAGGAAUUAAAUAUACUAAUGGUCCACAGUACUGACUGUCUUAAUCAAAAAGUCUUUCACACACUACAGUCCUUACUGACCACAAACUUUUGAAUGGUAAUACAAUUAAAUCACAAAUCCAGCAGCAACAUGUAUGCGCAUCCGCACAACUGGAAGUGAAUAAUUAUAAAAGUCAGCAGUGUGCAAAUUAAU